CUCUCUGCAAAUCCGAGCAUCAGACGGCGGAGGGAUUGGAGGGAAGCAAAGGAUCUGAAGAAAUCCACUUCCUAACACAUCCAUCAGUGGAGCUGAAACAGUGGACGCAGUGGUGCUCUUCGGUGGCCCGACACCUAUGAGAGAGAAAACGCAUCAGCUCUAAUCUUUAAAGGAUUAAACUACCAAACCCAGCAGAAAAAAUGAAGGCAUUCAGCAUUGCAGUUGCAGUGACACUCGUGCUCGCCUUUAUUUGCAUCCUGCAGAGCUCUGCCAUCCCAGUCAAUGGGCAGGUCAAAGAGCUGGAAGAAGCAGCAAGCAAUGACACUCCAGUAGCGGCACGUCAUGAGAUGUCAAUGCAAUCGUGGAUGCUGCCAAACCACAUCAGGGAAAAGCGGCAGAGCCACAUCUCUAUGUGCACUAUGUGCUGCAACUGCUGCAAGAACUACAAGGGCUGCGGUUUUUGCUGCAGGUUCUGAGGGGUCCUGCAACAACCACGACUCAUUAAUUUAUUAGGCUUGUUUUUCCUUACUCUCCACAAGAAAUUUACUUUUUUUUUUUCUUAACCUCAGUCUAUAGUGUGAUAGCCUACUGUUUUGUCAGAAUGAAUAAUUCAAGAAAACAGAAAAAAGGCUGUUGGUUUUAUUUAUUAUCUACUUUUAACCCUUUUUGUAAGCUCAAUAAAUUGUUAAUUUCUGAAGAAAUA